UAAAUUGCUGUGCCUUUAGUAUGCUUGAGAUACACCUCAGAAAUUUGAUAACUGAAGUCUCAUAUCCACAUAAUUAGAUGUCAAACUGUUCUCAGUCUGUAAGGGUUCUUGGACACUUGUUUCAGUUAAUGGUUUAGCUGGUCUUCUAUGGUAAAAAAAUAGUGUUGAGGGGGAUUUAUCAUUGCAUAAAACAAGCUAAAAUGUCAUAAUGUUACACGUUUAGAGUGAAGCAGUUUAUAUUUCUACUUUCUUUCUCCACUGUCUCUCAAAUAUAUCAGUUACAUAUCUCUUCUUCUGUGCUUCUAGCACCUUCUUGCUGCAUUUUACCACCUUGUUUAGUCAUCUGCCUUUUAGACCUGAGGAGGUAGAGCAGUGAAACACCGCAAAGAGCGCUUUGCUAUUUAAGCAUGCUGUUUACACAACCCCUUUUUUUUUUUUUUUUUUUUGCCUUGCAGAAAAAAAUUAGAAGCCACCCAUUGCAAAGAAAUGACCAUCGGGUUGUUUUUUGCUUUUGUCAAAGUAACAGAGCAAUGUAAAGUAGCUUGUUUUCUUUUCUCAGCUGUUGUCUACUUUCUUGAAGUGAUCCCUAGGAAGUUACGAGAAGAGCUGUGCAUAGCAUAUGAAAUGUAGAUAGGAAGGAAGACUAAGAUAUACUUCUAGUGUUUCCUCAAAUAUAUUUUGAAGUUGUAAGAGAGGCCUUGUUUUCUGAUUUAGUAACUAAUGAAGCGUUCUCACUGGAUAGCUAUUGAACAAUGGAAACGCACAUGGAAUUUUUGCCCUUUAAUCCAAAGCUGUAACAGCAAAUACAGAUAAGCUAACAGCUGUUUACUGUUGUUGCAGAUAUUAGGCCUAAAAUUGAUACAUCAGCGUACUGAAGUGUGUAUUAGCUUCAUUUUAUAUCACGUGGGUGAAAUUUGAACAGCUGUUGCUUGAAAUGUUGAUGGAGAUAGGUAACAACCUAGUGUGAACUAUUAAAUCAAGUACAGAGAGUGCAGCUACUCUGGAAUGCUCAAAACAAGCUGGAGCUAAUUAUUUAACUUUAAAUAAUUACAAGGUAGCAUGAAUAUGCUUAGAAGAAAAGUUUUACUUCUUUCUCCUAUUAAAGAAAUUCCUUUGAAAGGAAGGAGCUUGAGAAGCAUCAAAGCCAUCAUCUUGUUCAUCUGUGUGGUGGAAAGGAGGCAUCCCCAGAAAUGAGGCAUGAGUGAUGAGGAGCCUCGAGAUUUCUCACUGAAUUUUUGAUAUUCAGAUGAAGUUCUUGUAAAGGGGCUGUUAAGGCAGCUGAACUCUAUGCAGUUAUUCAUAUUACUAGAACCUAUAAGCUAUUUGGAAAAGCUUAGUCAAGAAAGACGACCAGAUUGCACUGUAAUGAACAUCUAGAAUUUUAUUUCUGUUUGGGAGAUGAAUUAAAUACUUGUACGUCAAAGACAGAUUUGAAAUUACAAACAUAGGAAAGAUACCUUGUCUAUUGUUAAGAGCACAUCAAAAUGGUCAAAAGUGGAUGCUAAUACAAGCAAGAAUUCUGUCAUUAAGUGGGCUACGCUUACAGUACGGUGUAUGGUACAGUUCAAAUACCGGAAGAGUUCUGCCAAAGAAGAGGGAUUUGAAGAAUGGCAAUAAUGUGAGUAAGAGGAAAAAAAUAUCUUAUGAAGCCACUGGUAGGACCAAGACUUUAGUUUCUUAGGAAAGAAAAGACAAAUACUGAUCCUUUAUAAAAUUGAGUGCUGCGAAGCAAGUAGGAUACCUUGUUCUGUCUUGUGUUGUGAGAAUACAUGGACAAGUUAAUGAAGCUGAAUGGAGUUACAUUUAAAAUGAAUCACUGCACUUCAUGCUCAGAAUUUGACCUGAUUUAGAGAUGAGAGUGAAACUUAGGGAGGCAGAUUGUCCUUGUGUUUGCCUCUCUUGACAGUGUUUUUGCUUUCUGCAGAUGCAUCUGGUACUGGUCAGUGUCAGACUGAGGACAUUAAAAAGGAUGGUCUUCUGGUCUGAUCCAACUUGAGUUAAUGCCAGCAUAUAAGCUAUUGAAAGGAUAGAAGAUGGCUUCCAUGCAUGAAAAAGUGAAUUAGAAUGCAGUAAGCCUUUUUUUUUUUCCACAGGGGAAUGAUCUCUUCUGGAAAAAUAUCAAGUCCUGUAAAAAGCACAAAUUAUAUUAUAUAGCACAAAUUAUAGAGUAAUGGGAGAUGUUAUCAGUGAAUGUGUCGAUUUCUUAGUAGCUAUCUUUCAGUGCUGAAGGCUUACUGCAUGAGGGAGUGAGGAAUUGGAAUCCCUUCUGAUCCUAUUAUUUGCUGACAAGAUAUUCUAAAACAACUUUACUGGUUAAAUGAGCUUUGAUAUUUACUUGCUCAAGUGACAUUAUAUCAGAUAUUACUGCUAAACUCAAAGUAAUUUACUGCCAAAAAGCUGCUAAACUGCUAUCUUUUAGUCAGUUAUGUUUCUUGGUGUAUGAGAAUCUAAGUCUUCUUUCCCUCUGGUAUUUAGACAGUAUUCUUAGUCUGAGCACUGAAGUCCAAAGUCUUUCAGAGGACAUUGCGUAUUUGUAAAGCUUAUACAUGAAAGGGAAAUCAGCAGUUCCAAAAUUGUUACUGUCACUUUGUUUUGGAGAUAAUUGGCUUUACAAAGGAGAUACCAUUUUUCUCUACUUUUGCUCUUAGAUAAUAACUGUUCAGACUUUAAAAGGGCUUUUCUUAGUCUAAAUCAGAGGGUUUAAGGAAUUGAAGAUGACCUAAAGAUCUAAUAAAAACGUUCUCCUGAGAGCCUGAAGUUAGGUAUAAAUGUCUGCAUACAUAUCCAUAUGAACAGAUACUUACUUAUAUAUGCAUUACAAAAAUCUGGCCAGAUAACAGGAAGAGAGGGAGCCUUGCUAUCUCCCUUCACCAUUUAAAGCUAACAGUAUCUGAAAUGUGUCACAAAUACAGUGUUUUCUGCUCUUCACCAAGUAAGGUGUGAGCAGGCCAUGCAUUAUGCUCACCCAUUCCUCUUUGCCACCUGCACCCUUACUUUUGUGUUCCAGUAACCUUUCCCUAGUAAUAAAAAAAAAAAAAAAAUGUUACAUGCCAUUUGAACAGUCCGUACAUGUUUGCAGUGUUUCCUUGGAGAGGUACGUAAAUUUUUGAUCAAGUAUUGUUUUGGUCCUGUAUUCACGCACAGAACAAACAAAUGAUCACUUACUUGAUGAAUGUUCUUCUGCAGCAUAAUGUGGAUUAUGGAUGGCUGCAUAGUAAGGGCAAAUCUUCCCAGUGGAAUGAGGUAUGAUGUAGCACUAUUGAUCUCAACAGUUGGAAGGUUUCAUUUCUUUCUGCUAGGACAGUGGAUUUCAACCUGUUGUCCUCAACACUGCAGUGAGUCUGUGACCUGUUCAUAAAGAGUCAACAGCAGGUAAGUGAGAAAAGUAAAUGUCUUGCUAAGAUUCAGUUUCAUAAGAGCUUGUACCUCCAAUGAAAAUUUUAGGGAAUGACAAGAUAAAAAAAAAAAUGUUUGAAAACGCUGCUGCGUACUGAGAAGGCCAGCUACACCUGUCAAACAAAUGUUUCUGCUGCUGAAGUAGCUAUGGAUUGAUGGAAACUUUCUUCUCUGCUCUGCUAUAAGGUCAGUCUUUUUUUUUUUUUUUCUUCCAACCUGUUUAUUGUCAUACAACGGGAAGCUACCUCACUCGCAUGUAUUCUUACUGAGUGCAGGAGUGCAAUGUUCUGCUAAUCAGAACACAAGUAUGAUCUCUUUUUAUGUAAUCUUAAUGUCAAAGGGUUUGCUUUAGAUGUUCAAAGCGGUGUCAAACUGUUGGCACAUUCCACCCCUGCCCAGAUAACCUGCAGUGAGUUUAACAGUGGAACCUACAUAGUUUCUAGUCCUGACUGUACAGUGAUACAUGUACUGAAAGAUAAGAAAGUAGUUUGCCUGCUUAUCUGCUGGAGUUUGAAAUGUUAUGUGUUGCUGCCUGUACUGGUGUGAUGGUCACCACCUUGAUUGAUGUCUAAGGGAAGGAUCUCUGAGACAGAGAUGGUGUGAUGAUGCAUCUCUCACAGCUGAGAAAAAUAAGGGCUGUAACAGGUUGUACUACUUCCUGGAAUCCUGUUUUUUUGGUGCAGAAAAGAAAGUUGUGAAGAGUUCCCAAAAGAUGACAGCAGUUGGUGUGUCAAAUCACAGCACUAUAUACCCCAAAGGCAGUGUGUGUAGCUGUGCUGUACAGGACAUCCUGUCUUACCACAGUCCAGAUCACUGUUCUAGGGCUGUAUCUUUAUGGAGCUGGUCCCUAAUACUGAGAUGGCAUCCAAGUGGUAAAUGUACCUGUUAAGCAGCCUGCUCUGCAUACUCUGCAAGCAGAAAUAUUUUAAAAGGCCAUGAUUUGGGAAAACUGCUGUUGCACUGGUGAUGUCUGUAAUUAAAGCACAUUGCUGUAGUUAUCUAGCAAGUGGUAGGGUUUGUGGUUUUAUACUUGGUGCUUUUAAUUUGUCUUUCCACUAUUUAACCUAGUGGAACGAGAUUUAUCCCUUGUUCUGUUUGUGUGUGUGUGUGUGUGUGUAUGGGGGUAUGUUACUAGCUGGAGUAAGACACCUACUGAGAAAAGGCACCAAGGAGUAUUUAAUCCUAAUAUCUAUCAUUUCUGUACUUAUUAAUUUGAUACACCAAGCUUUUUCCAAGUACUCUGUUGAAACAAUGUUUUCUGUUUGUGAUCUUCGCUCACAAAUGAUCUUUUACUGAAAAAGCAUACAAAGCAAAAGCUGACCUCAGAGCUAUUUUAACAGAUUUUUCCCCUGGUGGUCUAACUAGAUGAUCUAUUUGCUCGACGUAGAUGUGAAUGACUAGCAGUGUGAAACUUAGCUGGGGCCCCUCCUCACACAGUGCUCUUAUACGUGUGCAGGAGAAAUGCCCAUCUUUUUGAAAAUGAGGAUUAUAUAGAAAGCUGGGAGUUUGCUUGUUUUGGACUGAUUGUGUUUAGUCCUCCACAGGAGCCUAUGUCUUUACUCAUAGAGCAAGUUAUGGCUGUCUCGAGGUGCCUUUGUGGCCCACCAGGAUGUACCUCUAAGUAGCAGGGUGCCAUUUCCUGAUGGAGGAGGCAAAGGAGGCUGCCGUGUUGCCAAUACUCCCCAGUACCUCCCAAGGGAAGGGCAGCCACUGAGGGGCAGUUUGGGACCUGAGGGUGGCUCCUCCAUUCCGAGCUCUGGCCCCUCACAAACAGGGCGUGGGGCAACACCAGGCGGUAACCAUGGAGGCACUGCUGGUGCUGGUGGUGCUGCUGGGCCUUGUGGGGUGCCCCACCCCCCCUGAGGAUGAGGCCGGGCCACUUCAUGUCACCGGCAUGUGGGUGACGGUGCCACGACAGUUGGCCCCCAGAGCUGACACCAACCCCCUGACCAUCUCCUACUGGCUGGAGGUGGAGGGGCGGCCACAGGUCCUGCGCCUGCGGCCCAGGAAGGGCCUGGUCUCCCAGCCUUUCCCUUUGGUCACCUACGGUGAAGAUGGGGCACACUGGGAGGAGCAAGUCUAUGUGCAGGACAACUGCUUCUACCAAGGCGAGGUGCAGGGAAGUCCUGGCUCCCUAGUGGCCCUCGGCACCUGUGGCAGGGGCCUCCAUGGAGUGUUCUGGAUGGAAGGCAGCACCUACGAGAUCGAGCCCAUCCCUGAUGAUCCGGCCUUUCAGCACAUCCUGUACCGGAUGGAGGCAGACAGUGACCCCAUGGGCCCCACGUGUGGCCUGACCCCGGAGGAGCUGCAGUACCAAAAGACUCUGCUGCCCUGGCUUCAGGCCCCUCGAACAGAGGAGAAGUACAUGCUGAAGGACUGGUGGACACACACCAGGUAUGUGAAGUUAGUAGUGGUCGUGGACAACGUGCGGUUUGUGAGGUCUGGCAGGAAUGAAUCCGAAGUCUUGAGGCAAGUCCUGGAAAUCAUCAAUAUUGGGGACUCUCUGUAUGACCAGCUUUCUGUUCAACUGUUUCUUGUGGGACUGGAGAUCUGGACCAAAAGUAAUCCCAUAAACCUUACUAACUCUGCAAACAAGGCACUUUCAGACUUUAACAAAUGGCGAAAAUCAGACCUGUAUCCACGGAUGCGCCAUGAUGUUGCUCACUUAUUUGCAUUUCAGGGCUUUGGAAAAAGCCUGGGAUUGGCAUUUCUGGGGUCCGUAUGUGACAGGCAGUGGUCAGCAGCAGUUGUUUCCUUCACCAACAGGAAGCUGUCUUCAGUUAUUGUCACAUUUGCCCAUGAGCUGGGCCAUAAUCUUGGGAUGCACCAUGAUGAACGGCACUGUAAAUGCAGGCGGAAGAGGUGCAUUAUGUAUCAAAGCGAAGCCGGCACUGACGCAUUCAGUGACUGCAGUUACAAAGACUACUUUGACCUGCUUGGGAGUGGUGGUAGCUGCCUGCGUCAAUCACCAGCUCUUGGCAGUUACUACACUUUGAAGCGUGAAUACUGUGGGAAUAAGAUAGUAGAAAGAGGAGAGCAAUGCGACUGUGGUUCACAAUCAGACUGCAGAAACGAUCCUUGUUGUCACCCUAACUGCACAUUGACUGCAGGUUCAGUUUGCGCAUCUGGAAAAUGCUGCAAGGGCUGUAAGAUCCUUCCAGCAGGAACACUCUGCAGAGCACGUACUGGUUACUGCGACCUGCCAGAGUACUGCAAUGGGACUUCCCCUUGGUGCAAGUCAGACUUGUAUUUACAAGAUGGAACCCCUUGCGAAGAUGGUGCCUAUUGCUAUAGAGGAAAAUGUUCUUCCCACAGUAAACAAUGCAAGCAUCUGUUUGGCAAACAAGCCAGGCCUGCUCCUUUAGACUGCUUCAAAGAAGUGAAUACUCGAGGUGACCGUUUUGGAAAUUGUGGUAUUCGUGAUAAUGUUCAUUUCACAAAGUGCAGCGUUGAGGAUGCCUUAUGUGGUAGGCUACAGUGUGAAAACAUACACAAGUUGCCCUUCUUGCAGAACCACAUAACAGUCAUCCAAACCCCUGCUGGAGGUAAAAGGUGUUGGGGUCUUGACUAUCACAUAGGGAUGCCUACAGCUGACUUAGGGGCUGUGGAAGAUGGCACGACAUGUGGCAGUGACAAGAUUUGUAUCAAAAGGACAUGUACCAAUAUUUCAGUGCUGAAUUAUGAUUGUAACAUAACAAAGUGCCAUAACAGAGGAGUGUGUAACAAUCUUAAGAACUGUCACUGCAAGUAUGGUUGGGCUCCUCCAUAUUGUGAGUGGGAAGGAUUUGGAGGUAGCAUUGACAGCGGACCCCCUCCACCCAAGGAGGUUGUUCAGAGAACAAGAAUAGGAGUAGUUGGCUUUGUUCUUCCUUUUGUCCUCGCAGUUAUUCUUGCCAUAUAUUAUAGAAGGGAAAUAGGGGAAUGGCUUACGAGGGAAAGGCCUGAUUCCACAGAAUAAGCUAGUAGUUGUUUCAAAUACUGCAAAUCCCAGUAGUUGCUAUAGAACACCUACUACUGAGUCAAAAUCUACUACUGUGCACUUCACAAAGACCAACAAAGCUGUGGCUUUGGAUGCUCCUAGGAAAAUCUCCAGUAGCCCCUGAGCAGAGCCAGCAGAUACCUUAUCAAAUAAUUCAACACAUUCUGAAUAAUUAUAAUCUAAUGCAACAUUAUUAAAUACAGAUUAAACGUUAUCUUUGUUUAUUUAAAGUUAAUAAAUGCAGGCAAUAAGG